AUGAUUAUUCAAGCGCUGUGGGCAGCUCUACUUUUGCUCACCCACCUCAAUAAUGCCAAGAACACGCUGAAGAUUGCUGUACUUAUAUUUGGCGAACAUAAUUUCGAAGAUCAUGUUCAUUCUGUGAAGACCGCUUACUGGGAGAUUUUCGAGAGUGCAACAACUCAAUUGGGAAAUUACACGAUUUUGGCAGAGUACAUCGAUGGCGGCGUGCUCCGAAACAAACCCAGUGCCAACCGGCUCGAACUCACAGACGAAGUGGUCUGCGAUCAGGUCAUUAAUCGUUCCAUAGCCGUUGUUAUCUAUGCUCCGUCUCUGAAUCGAGAGACUCAGCCUGAAUAUUUGUCAAGGGUAUCUUCAGCUGCCUAUGCUCUCGGAUUCUAUGGAAUUCCUACCGUUGGAGUUAUGGUCAGGGAGUCGGAGUUUAGCAAGAAGAAAAUUUAUCCAAUCUUUGUGCGUCCGACACCUUCCUAUGCAGACGAAUCAUUCGUAUUUCUCAACUUACUCAGGCGUUUGGACUAUCGUCAGGUCGUGGUCGUCAGCGUAAAAGGAGAUAGGAAUGGUGAACAGUUCGUGGAACUAUUUGAGAGGAAAAGAAAGAAAUACAAAAUACAUGUGCAAAGUUACAUAGAACUUGAGGUCAACAGUUCGCUAAACGCCUCACUUGCUGCUGGAUUUGAAGAAGUAACUUCAAACAUUGUAGUACUCUAUGCAACAAAGCCCCAUGCAAGCCUGAUUUUCACAGCUGCGGAAGUCGCUGAGAAACGCAAAGUCUGGAUAGUGAACGAAGAUGCCAGCAAAGCAAGCAACAUUCCCGAUGGUGCCAUCGCCAGUCGACUCAGCCAAACACCUCUGUCAGCCUUGCGUAAUUCUUUUGCGUCAAUCAAGAGUGGACUGAAGUUCUUGGACUCUUUGGACGAGCCCAUUCAUCCGCCGUCUGGAUGCGAAAAAGAUGGCAGUAAUGUGAAAUGGUUAACAGAUCACGGACCAGAGUUUUACAGGGCCAUCUGCUCUACAUCCACAAGCAAGAUCACCUUUAACGAUCAGUGUGAAAGGGUUAGCGUAGACUACGACAUUCUGAACUUCAACGAAGGAUACAAGGAAGUUGGAGUGCUGCACGGCUCCGACCUAAAGCUUGCGGAAGAGUCGAUUCACUGGGCAGGAGGCGGUCGGAAACCUUUGGAGAUCACUCUGCCUAAGCAUCUUCGAGUUGUUACCAUCAACGAUCCGCCCUUCGUCUACGUAACUCCUAUAAUUUCACUUGCUGAAUGCAAAAAUCUUGGGACCGUUUUGGUAGAGUUGGGCCCAGCUGAUGCUAUACAUGUGCCAGGACCGUGGUAUCCCUGUCCAAGGUAUACCGUAAACUAUACAUACCAUUAUUGCUGCGCGGGUUAUGCUAUUGAUCUUCUCUCCAACAUAUCGUUACCGGAGCCUAACACAACAAUCGACACUAGCUUCACAUUUUCGCUACAUCUAAACGACAGCUACGGAGCGGUGACUUUGGGAGAAAAGGGUUACGUUCUCAGCGGAGCACUAGGAGAACUGGACAGCGACCAAGCUGACAUUGCUAUAGGAGGCAUGACUAUAAAUCCAGAGAGAGAAAAAUACAUCGAUUUUUCCGAGCCUUGGUUAUACCACGGUAUACGCAUCUUGGAGAAAUCGAUCCCUCGCGACUCCCCGAUGCAGUCAUUUCUGCAACCACUGAAAUCUUCCCUCUGGACAUCUCUCCUCAUCUCGGUUAUCAUGGUUGGGCUCGUGAUAUUCUGCCUCGAUCUGAAAUCUCCCUUUGAUCGCUUCUACAAGAUGGAUCAGAGCCGAAUGGCUCCGGACGAUCCUUUUCUGAAGGAAGUUGAAAAUGACCGCGUUAAUUUCGGGGAGGCCAUGUGGUUUGUGUGGGGUGUGCUAUUGAAUAGUGGAGUGUCCGAAAAAACUCCUCGGAGUUGUGCAGCUCGAGUGCUUGGCAUCGUCUGGUGUGGCUUCUGUAUGAUUAUGGUUGCCUCGUACACUGCUAAUCUGGCAGCUUUCCUAGUGCUAGACCAACCCGAGAAGGGGUUGACUGGAAUCACCGAUCCAAGGCUGCGCAAUCCCUCGGCAAACUAUUCAUUCGGUACAGUGCUGAAUUCUAAUGUUUAUCAGUACUUCAAACGGCACGUGGAAUUGUCAACUAUGUUCCGCAAAAUGGAAGCUCAUAACAUGGAAAAGGUUUCUGACGCUAUAGCCGCUCUUCUCAACGGGUCUCUUGAUGCAUUUAUUUGGGAUUCGAUGCGAUUAGAUUUUGAGGCAUCGAGGCAUUGCGAUCUUCGAGCUCGUGGAGCUCUAUUUGGAAGGAGUGCAUAUGGAGUUGGGCUGCAGAAAAACAGUCCAUGGACACCUCACAUCACUUCUGCCGUAUUGAGAAUGGCUGAAAGUGGGAUCAUGGAGAUGCUUGACGCCAAAUGGAUUGACAACAACGAGGCAAAAUGUGUUGCAGAUACACAUAAAUCACCAGCAAGGCUUAGCCUUUGGAAUAUGAGGGAUGUCUUUAUCCUUGUGACGGGUGGAGUCGCAGCAGGAGCCUUUUUCAGCACCAUUGAGGUAGUAUACGGUAGAAGAAAGGCUAGAAAGGGAAGGGAAAGAGCUUUGGCUGCUCGAUACGUUAAGAAAUGGCGUAUGAUAGCAUCUGGUGGAAGAUUACCGACACGGUAUAAUCUUGCCCGUCCGGUAAUUAGACGAGGAUUUGCUGGUUUAGAAUCUUGUACGCUUACGGACAUCAAAAAGCGUGAACUAGCUCGGUCGAAGCAAAAAACCUUAAUUUUGGUCGACACUCAGUGGCAUUGUUUUGCAGUCGGUGUAGAGUAA